UUGUCCUUGGCCCAGCAGAGGAAGGGCGAGCACUGCUGGGAGGUACCGCCCUAAAUCCUUGAGCCUAGAGGCUUUUCCCACGCAGCACUCAAGGCCCACACCCCGCGCACAGCGAGCCAACCUUGGCGCCCUUGGCCUGCAUACACCUACACAUCCGGAUCCUGCCUUCUCAGGCCCAGAAAGGGUGUCACUUGGUGAGGCACUCGAACCCUUGUGACACCCAGCAUUUACUGAGCGCCGACUGUAUGCUCGGCCCUGUGAGUCCAGGAGCGAACGACAUAAAAGCCGUCAACCCUCAAAUUACUCCUCGGAGGAGGGUAGAUUCGCCUAGGAAGCGUUGGGACUGAGCCCGCCGCGGUUUCUACUUGGUUUCUAGCCAGACCCUAGACUUCCCCCUGGAAGUUGCUCGAGAGAAAGAAGGAAAGAUCAUCUGUUCCUCCGAUCACGCAGUAGAAAACCGGAUCAGUUCCCAUCCUAGGUCCGGCGCCGCCAGGCUUGCCAACGGAGGUCAAGCGCCGGCCCGCGCUGACCAGCCUCCACAGCUGACCGCGAAGCCCCGCCCCCGCGUCUGGCCAAUGGCCGCGCGGUCCCGGCCUCUCUCCUCCCUCCCAGCUGGGGAAGGUUCCCUGCAGGCGCAGCUGAAGGCAGGUCGCCGGGUCGCGGCUACCCAAGCCUUUAUUCCUCUCAGUCUGUCCACCCUUCAUGGGCCAGAGCCUUCUGCCAGUUCAGAAGCCAGACAGUGAUGACGUUUGCCGAGGACAAAACUUACCAUUAUAUCCGCCACCAUCACAGCAAUUUUUGCAAUAUUCAUGUUCUGGAUAUUCUGCCUUACCUGUCCUGCCUCACAACAAGUGACCAGGACCGAGUUCGGGCCUGCUAUGAGCGCUGGGGGAACCAGGGCACCCUCUGGGAACUCUUCAACAGUCUUCGGCGGAGGAACGGCUGGGUGCAGUCCUUCAUCGAGGCACUGAGGGCUUGUGAGCACACUGGUCUCGCUGAUGAAGUGGCCCGUGUCUACCAGAGCAACCUGCCACGGAAUCCAAACCACCCUCCAGCCCCACUGGAGCCACCAUCAGUUUCUGCUGAGAUUCCAAGGCCCUCCACACCUGAUGUGGCCCCCAGCCUCCCUGGCAACGGCUACGCGGAGUACGAGCCAAGUUACCCUCUGCCUGUCCAGGAUAGCCAGCCACCAGAGUCCCUGGGAGAGAAUUCAGAGAAAGCCCCACAACCAUCCCAUUCUGGGGCUGUCCUGGAGCCCUUGUCUGACACAGUGGCCCUCAGCACUCUGAUCUCCAGUGUACAUCAGGAGCAGGACACAGGACUGGGCAGUACCCACGCAGCAGGCGUGGUCUCCAGUUCCACGUCACUCCUUGGGCCUGUGUCUCCGACUAUCUCCCGUCCUACCCCCAGGGCAAGCCGCUUGCCUGGACCCUCAGUGUCAGCUCCAUCUGUCAGCACCUCCUCCUCCUCCAUUGGCUUGACCUCUGCAGGAGGUGCUGGUGACCAGGCUGAAGGUACCAUCUGCUCCAGUGGGGCAGGGGUGCCCAACCACCCUAUGACUGUCAGCACGGUACCCUCCAAGGUGCCCACCAACUCAGCAUUUGGCAGCUCAGUGCCUUCCAAAUUGCCCACCAGCUUGAAGUCCCCUGGUGCAGUGCCUACCAGUCUAGCACCAUCCAGAUUGCCCGUCAACUCAGUGCGUUCUGGCAUGGUGCCACCCAAAGUGCCUGCUAGUGGGAUACCUGACCACAGGAUACCUGCAAGCACAGCGCCCAGUAAGGUGCCUGCCAACACAAGGCUCACCACCAGGAGCAGCAAUAGACUCGUGAAGGAGACUCCAGCAUCACCAGUGCCCACAGGCACUGCCACUGGAGGCACAUCACUUUGUCCAGACAGCAGCUCUGACUGCUGGGGCUCAGAGCUGGAGCUGAGCAAGCCUGGCAGGCUGGUAUCUAGGAUGGACAACCAGCCGUUCUCAGGCUGCUCCGCGGAUCUCGCCAUCAGCUACAGUAACUCCCUGGGCUUGGGGCCUGACAAUGCCCCGGAGGAGAAUGAGUAUGUGUCGGAAGACCCCAUUAGGAUCCAUGAGAACCCCAGCACCUCCAUCCUGGGGGACAGCCCCGGGACACACAGUACCCUGGAAUUCCCGGCAGAGGAUAAGUUGGAGGAAGUGCCUGCGGUCAGGACCAUGCCCUGGGCUCCAUGGCUCGGGGUGGCCCUGGCCGGGGUACUUCUAGCGCUCCUGGCUUCACUGUACCGGCGGCGCCUACCCCAGUGAAGCUCCUGGGUCCUUCUUGCCGUUCAUCUUUCUCUUUCCCAUGGUACAUCUGCCCAAGUCACAGAGCUGAGCUGUCUCACCAUCCUUGACCCUUUUUCGGGGCUGGCAGAAGCUGGGUCAGAAGGGAGGCAGGGGGCCACAGGCCUAGUCCUGGGGGGCAGUAUUUCUGUCCCAUCUCAUGCCCUUGGUGGCUCCCCCACCAUCCUUGGCUUACUGGGCCCUGGGCUGCUCCUGGGGCCCUAGUCCUCGCCCAGCUGGCCAUCUGGUUGUUGCCCUUAACCCCUGUGCCCUUAAUCCCGUCUAGGCCUUAUCCCUCUUUACCCAAAUGCAAGAAUCAGGAGGUGCCACUGGGGACCACAGUGGGUCGGAAACCUUCCCCAUCCUGCCUGGUCCCUGCACCCAAUAGAUGGGGUAGGGGACAUUGCUCUAGCCCCCAGUGGCCCAGUAGCCCCCUGCAGAGCAACAGGGAGGCCCAUCUUUAAGGACUUAGUCCCCUGUCUCUCUGGUUCCCCUCCCUACCACACAAGGAUGGGAGGAGAUCCAGAGAUUCCCAUGGACCCCUGGGAAGCCUGAUCAGGUGCUAGACCUGAGGAGCACCUAAAGAGCCCCUCUCCAGCCUCCUCCUCCUAGUCUCUGUUCUCUUCAGCUCCCUGUGGGGGUUGGAGAGGGAGAACCUGCAGGAUUUCAGCUCCACCUCUUCGUGGGCUGUGUGGCCUUGACAGAUAAUCAGACUUCUCUGGUCUUGCUUACCCAUGUGGACAAUGAGGAUUGCAUCUCAUCCUUCACUGAAUUCUCUUGAGAUUGGAGCAUACAGAUCGUUGUCAAGUCCAAAGCAGGUGGCCGCUAAAUGCUCCUCUCACCUUUCCCUGCCUAGCCAGGUAGAGAUGAGGGCAUGAGAGGCAGAGUGCCCAGUGGGUAAGUAUGCACUGUUGCAGUGUAGGGUAAGUUAGGCCCGUGUCCUGUUCUGUCUCUUACUAACUCUGUGCUCUUGGGCAAGGUGUUAAUCUCUCUAUGCCUCAGUUUCCUCACCUGUAUAAUUGGGAUGAAUAGUAAAAUUAUAUAGAUAUACAUGUCCUAGUAUUGUGAGGAUUAAAUGAGUUUAUCUAUAUAAACCUUAGAAUGGUUCCUGGCAUUUUACUUAGUGAGGUUGGCAUGCAUGUUGGUUUUGUCAGUAUUCAAACGUGGAGGGGCUGGAGCACUUGGCCACACAUUUAGAAGCCGACCCAGCCCCUAGUGCCUAUGCCCCUUUCAUGUUUGCCCCUUACUUUGUUCCAUGCAUUGGGGAUUGUUGGGGAGUGAGGAGGGAGACAUGUCUACUGGGGCAUCUGUGCAGGGUGGGGGCUAGGGGGCCCCCCGCAGCAGCCGGGUGGAUUAAAGGAUAUCCUUGUGAGUGCUUUCCAGGCAGCCGUUGCUGGACAAGGGCCAGGCACAGGAGCCUCAGGAGUUACCUUCAUUUCUGGGCCCUGCAAGGGACAGGGACUAGAGCUGUAGGGAGACAUAAGAGUCAGGGGGUCACUGUGGCCCACCCCCAGGCUGUCUGUCUGCCGAGUCCUACACCCUGCUUUGGCUACUACAGUCUUUCUUUGCACUGCCCUCAGGGACUUCAGCAACCUAAUGGCUUCUACCUCUACCUCUGAACUUAUCUUCAGCCCUCUCUCCAGACCAAACCACCUGUACCUUGAAGCCAGGAAUAGUCCCUAGUGAGGCUGUCUGCAACCACUCUGUGUCACCUUUACUCUUAUCCAGGCUUCUGGGCUCCUUCCUAGGUACCUAGGUCAGUGAACAAUUCAU